UCUACGCCACCAUGAGGGACUUGCGGAAGAGCGGAAAGCUGGAGGAAGAAGCUGGAAAACAUCUCAAUAAAACGCUGGAGAUCAGACAGCUGGACGUGACCAGUGAAGACUCCGUGAAGAAAUGUCUGGCUGCCCUUCCCGGUCAGACGGUGGACAUCCUGCUGAACAACGCUGGUAUUGGGCACAUCGGCCCCCUUGAAAGCCAGUCCAUGGAUGACAUGAGGAAGAUCUUUGAGACAAACUUUUUUGGGGUCGUCUACCUGGUCAGAGAACUCCUUCCAUCCAUGAAGAAGCGUGGGAGCGGCCAUAUUGUGGUGAUCAGCAGCGUCCUGGGGCUACAAGGUAUCGUGUUCAAUGACGUCUACGUCGCCUCAAAGUUUGCAAUCGAAGGUUUCUGCGAAAGUCUGGCUGUUCAGCUCUUGAAGUUCAAUGUCUUCAUUUCUUUGAUAGAGCCUGGCCCCGUCAAAACCGAGUUUGAGGUGAAGCUGAUGGAGGAAGUGGCCCGGUCUGACUUUCCUGGAGCUGAUGCUGCAACCGUAAGAUACUUUAAGGAGGUCUACCUACCUGCAGCUCGUGAGAUCUUCACCACCCUGGGGCAGACCCCAGAUGCAGUAGCAAAGGCCACGGUGAAGGUCAUAGGAAUGGCACGGCCGGUGUUCCGCCAUCAGACCAACCCUCUGUACACUCCGCUCACCGCCAUGAAGUAUGCCGACAACACGGGGAACCUGUCCGUCAGGACCUACUACAACAUGCUCUUCAACUAUGGCUCCGUCUUCCACUUCAGCCUCAACCUCCUGAAAUGUAUCACCUGCAACUGCUUCCGCAGGAGGGUCAUGCCGGUCUGAGGCACGCGGAGCACCAACGGUGAAGCUAGCUUGGACUUAACGGGGCAG